GAGGGAGGAAGGGCGGGCGGCGGUGCCCGGUACCGCGGCGCCAUGGAUCUGGCGGGGGCCCUGCAGCUCGGGGAGCUGGCGGCUGCCUUCGCCGCCCUGCCCGUCUUCCCGCUCUUCGACACCGCGUAUUUCAUCGUCUCCGUCCUCUACCUCAAGUACGAACCAGGUUAUCUUAUGAAUGAAAGAGCUGAACAGAUUGUUCAUGAAUUCUAGAGGGCACCUAGGUUGAAGCAAUGGAGAGAAUGGAGCCGUGGAGAUGUCUCGGAAAAGCCCUUUUGCCUCCUGGCUUUGUGCCAUGCUCCACUGCUUUGGAAGUUACAUCCUGGCUGAUCUGUUACUUGGACACUCACCCAUUGAUUACUUCAGUAACAACUCCAGUGUCAUCCUGGCCACAGCAGUCUGGUAUUUGAUCUUCUUCUGCCCCAUGAACCUCUUCUACAAGUGUGUGAGCUUCCUGCCUGUGAAACUGAUCUUCGUGGCAAUGAAGGAGGUGGUCAGAGUUCGCAAGAUUGCAGCUGGGGUCCACCACGCUCAUCACCAGUACCACCACGGCUGGUUCAUCAUGAUGGCAACUGGAUGGGUCAAAGGUUCUGGGGUUGCCUUGAUGUCCAACUUUGAGCAACUGCUGCGUGGGGUCUGGAAGCCAGAAAAGAAUGAAGUUCUUCAAAUGUCCUUCCCUACAAAGGCUAGUCUGUAUGGCACAAUCCUCUUCACUCUGCAACAAACUCACUGGCUCCCUAUCUCUGAAGCCAACCUCAUCUUCUUUUUCAGCAUGUUCAUGAUAGUUUGCAAGGUUUUCAUGACAGCAACUCACUCUCAUGCCUCACCUUUUACUCCAGUGGAGAACUGCAUCUGCCCUGUUUUCUUUGGCUCUGUCUCCAGUGGACACAGCAGCCACCACCACGAUCACCACGGAGCCUCCCACGAGGUUUCCCAUCCUCCACCUCCUCCUGCCAAGUCCAAAGAGGAGCUAAAUGAAGGCACAAGGAAACGGAAAGCAAAAAAAGCUGAAUAAAAAAAAAUAAUCCACGACUCCACAGUCAACAGGCCAAGAAAAUUCUUCCAGAGCUGAGUCUCAAAGCCACCUGUGACCUCCUUUAUCCUCCAGACCUUCUCUCAGGCUCCAGAGGAGAGGUGGAAGCCAAGAUGCUGCCGGGCGGGUCCCUGAAUUUCAUUUGUGCUCUCUGUGCUGCUGCUUGCUUUUUGGUCUCUGUCUCUCUAUUCUGAUCAUAUUUUCAGGGAUUUGUAGGUUUGUGCCAGGAAGAAAAGUGGGUGCCAAUUCCCAAGCUGUCAGCAAUUGUCAUGCAGCAUUUCCAAUAGGUGUAAACUCUUUCAGUGUGUUUCUUUCUAAAUGGAGGUCGUGGUUUGUGCUCCUGCAACUCCUAAGCUCCUUUGAGUUUUCAUUGACCUUCCUGAUGUCUACCAAACCAACAAACAGUUUAGAAACAGUCAAUGUGGAAAUUGGAUUUCAUACUCAAGGAAUUAAAUGGGCUCACAUGAGCCUCAUUUCUCCCAGCUCCCACAUCAGCAUUUAUCUCCAAUUACUCUGGCAUUUUAUAUGCAACAAGGACAUCAACUCUGGUGUCCUGGCCAAACUCUGGUUUUUGUCACCCAGAUUCCCUCUUGAUUCUUAAUGGCUAGAACACUGUCACUUAACUAAGCUUGUGUUUGCAAGAGCUUUGAAGCUGUGAAGUGCUCUGAGUGCUAUGUACUGAUACUGCUGUUAUUUUAAACUGUUGUGUAGAGCUGCUGCACGUUGUUAAUAAUAACGUGUCCCACCUCAAACCUGAUCAUAUUUAACUAGGAAAGAAGCAUGGUUCUGGUUUGUUUGUAAGCCUGUGGGAUACAGGAAGGCUGUGUGAGUGUAAAUAAGUAUUUAUUAUUAUUAUAUUAUUUAUUUAUGAUUGCCAGGUCAUCUAAUUAACGGACCUGAAACUGGCUUUUUAAAAUCUUUGCAUCUUUAGGGAGAGAAUUGGCUCCUUCUAAGCCUGGUCCUAAGCCCACAGCCACGUGCUGGCUUGUGCUUGAAGCUGUGAUUUGGGUGUGCAGGGCAGCCUGAGCACUUGCUGGACACAGGAAGGAACAUUUCCAAUAAUCUUAAAGAAAGAUCCAAAGGCUGAAGAGGCAAAUUUCACACCAGCUGAUUUAAAGAAAAAAAAAAACUAAACCACUUUAAAGGACUGAUAAAAGCACACCAGCUGACAAUAUCUAUCCUCCUCUUAGGUCCUUUUUAGCCAAACUACUGGUCUGUGAAAGCAGUUUGUGUCAAUGAGUUGAGAAGAACCUGAAAUGCUCUGGAUAUGAAUGCUAAGAGUAUGAAAAGCGUGGCUCAGGGAGGAGUAUCAAGUGUGUUCACAUUCUGAGCAGUGAAUCCUGGCUUGUAGACUAGUUGGAAGCUGUUCUUAUAACUGAUUUUGUUCUGAAAAGUGUCAUCUUUAGCACUGCACCCCAAAGGCCAGAACUUGUUGGGGUUUUUUUUAUCACCAAGGGUGACUGUGGUGAAAAGGGCACGCAGAGGGACGUGGCACUGGGCUUCCAGUUCAGCACCAGUUUGCCAUCCCUACCAGUAAGGUUUGCAGCUGUCAUCUUUGGGAAUAUAAAAAGGAAGAUUGAAGAACAGCAGUUUGAUUUUUUGUGUGUCCUUGUUCAUUGUUGAAAUUGAUGGUUAAUUAAAAAAAAAAUCUUGUAUCCAAGCAGGUGAAAGCCAUUGCAAAAAGUCAAAUGAUUCGUGGUUUUGACAGUGCCUUAAUUUUGUGAGUUUCCCUCCCCUUCAGUAGAAAACAGGAAUUCUACCUGACAACUCAGCUGUCUGGUUUUGCAGAUCCUGCUCUGCUGCCACCUGAUGUAUCACUAGCAUGCAGAAGAUUAAAUGUUUUCUGAACUGUCUGAUUCAAGAGGAAUUUUGUUUUAUAAAAGCUGUCAAGAAAUAAAAAUUGUGAAGUGAUUCUGCUUGUCCACUGGCA